CCUCUCCCCCUUCCCGCCGCGAACUCGACGGCUUCCUUUCCCCGCUCGGUGUCUGUCGCCGGUUAAUCUCCUCAAAAAGUGCUUUGAACUGCCUUUUAAACGAGACGGCCGAGCUUCCUUCGGUCUCUGGGACUGGCCUUUGGGGGGGGGGGACGGGAGGGGGGGAGGGGGGAAAGCGGCUCCCCCACCACCCCGUCCGGAAACCAAACGUUCAGCAAAGUUGAGAAAAGGCGAUCCCAAGAUGACCAAGAAAAGGAAAAGAAAGAAGGAAAAAAUCGAUUUGAACAAGAUUGGAUUUCAGCUGACUAACGUGAAAGGUUUAUAAGGUUAUAAUGUUCAUAAGCAAGCCAUGUUCUGGAAGUUUGAUCUCCACACGACCUCUCAUAUUGAUACCCUCCUAGAACGUGGCAACGUGACCCUCUUUGAGCUUCUGGAUGAGGAGGAUGUGUUGCAGGAGUGCAAGGUGGUCAAUCGAAAGCUGGUUGACUUCCUGGUGCAGCCCGAACACAUGGAAGCAUUGGUAACCUGUGUAACAGAGGAGCCUCCUGGAGAUGUGGAUGAGAGAGUGCGCUACAAGUAUCCAAGUGUGUCUUGUGAGAUCCUAACAUCAGACGUCACACAGAUAAACGACGCUUUGGGUGAGGACGAGUCUCUCCUACGACGACUCUACAGUUUCCUUCAGACCAGCGGUAUCCUCAACCCACUGCUGGCCAGCUUCUUCAGCAAGGUCAUGGGGAUUCUUAUCAACCGCAAGACUGAUCAGAUAGUUGCCUUCCUGCGCAAGAAGGAUGACUUUGUCAACCUGCUGCUACGCCACAUCGGUACCUCAGCCAUCAUGGACCUCCUGUUACGGCUCCUCACAUGCGUAGAGCAGCCACAGCUCAGGCAAGACGUGUUCAAUUGGCUUAAUGAGGAAAAGAUUGUGCAGAGGCUUAUUGGAAUGAUCCACCCUUCAAAAGAUGACAAUCAACAUUCCAAUGCUUCACAAUCUUUAUGCGACAUCAUUCGGCUGAGUCGUGAGCAGAUGAUCCAAAUCCAGGACAGUCCUGAGCCAGACCAGUUGCUGGCCACACUUGAGAAGCAGGAGACAAUUGAGCAGCUGCUAAGCAAUAUGUUGGAUGGAGAACAGAGUGAAUCCGUCAUUGUCAAUGGGAUCCAGGUUUUGCUGACUCUGUUGGAGCCACGCAGACCCAGGACAGAGCUGGGUGGCAUGGGGGGCUUUUACUGCAACCUGGAGGGGCAAAUGGAGAUAACUGGGCCCAACUGUGAAGUGGCUUCUAGCCAGGCCAGUCAGGGCACUCUGCUUGCCAUCAAACAGCGUCUCAGGGAGCUUCACCGGCUGCUUCUUGACCCACCAAAGAAAGAGGCCCUGCAGACUACAUGGGGAAUCCUGGACCCUCCAUUAGGAAAUACCCGCCUGCAUGUGGUGAAGCUGCUGGCCAGCUCACUGAGCACGAACAACACAGCCUUGCAAGAUGAGAUUAUAGAGCUGGGUGCCAUUAACACUAUGUUGGACCUCUACUUCAAGUACACAUACAACAACUUCUUGCACGCUCAGGUGGAGGCCUGCCUUAGCAAUGUUUUCAGUUCUCACACUGGGGAUGAGACCAUCGAGAACCACCCAGAGCCUCUCCCAGAGAGUCCCGUUAUCCAACAUUUGCUGCAGAAGUGUCAUUUAAUCCAAAGAAUCUUGUCUGCCUGGGAAGAAAAUGAACAGUCACAGUCAGACGGGGGCAGGCGCAAGGGCUACAUGGGGCAUCUCACUCGUGUUGCCAAUGCCGUAGUUCAAGGCUCUGAAAAGUGGCCCCACUCUACCCUCAUCAAGCAGCUCUUAAAAGAGCUUCCCGAGGAAGAUCAAGAGCGGUGGGAGAAGUUUGUCUCGGGGCCCCUGUCAGAAACAAACAAGAAAAACACUGUGGAUCUUGUUAAUAUGCACAACCUCCACUCGUCAAGUGAUGAUGAUGAGAAUGACCUCAAGGAAUUUAGCUUCCCUCAGGAGGCUGUCCUGCAACAGGCUUUUGUAGAUUACCAGUUGCAGCAGAUGACUUCAGCCUUCAUUGACCACUUUGGCUUUAAUGAUGAAGAAUUUGGGGAGCAAGAAGAAAAUGUCAACGCUCACUACCGACAGCUGAAAAGUGCACCUUUUGACAAGACGGCUAACAUCUCCUUCUCCUUGAAUGCGGAUGAUGACAGCCCCAACUCCAAUCUCUUUGACAUCUGCUACAAGGAGCGGAUCCAACAAUUUGAUGACGAUGAGGAGGCUGACGGUUCUGAUGGGGAAGACAUCUGGCAGGAAAAGGAGGCGGCCAUCUCUUCUGGCACAGCACAGCCCACAGCAGUCAGAAGCCUUGGCAGUACAGAUAGCGAGGACAGCGAAGACUCAGAAGAGGGAGAUGGGGGUGAGGAAGAGGAUCCUGGUGGGGGAGAUGGAGACGCCAGCCAUGUCAGCAAUGGCUGUGGUGAACAAACGGAGGUGGAGACGACAUUAGGAGAUCCUAGCUGGACAGACAGUUCCUCUGAUCCUUCCUCAGUAUCUGUGGCAUCCUCACAGCUUGUGGCAGAUGACACAGGAGCAGCGGUGUGGGACCAGUCCAGAUCAGAUGCCACCACAAAUGAGAACUGGGCCUCUUUUACUGAGCCCCACACCCAGCAAGAGAGUCCCUCCAAAGCACUUACAAGCCCUGCCUCUGCUGCAGCCCCUGCUCAGGAAGUGACGCAAAGUAAUAUAUCCCCAGCAAGAGCAGCCUCUAGUGUUCAACAGGAUCCUCCUGCUCCUGACACAGGUCCCCCAGAAGGAUGUGAUCCACCAAAUCCCUCAACCACGACGACAGUAGUGAGCACAGUAGAACCUUCCCCAUCUACCUCUGAUUCCGCCCAUCCACUAGAGGGAACAACAGAGGCUCCACAGUCUGAGCCCAGCUCCCCACAGAAAGAGCAGCAGCAGCAGCAGCCGACGGCCAGAUAAAACUUCUCAGUGGGUCUCGUCACUGGGAAAGGACCACAGCUGCAAGUCCAUUUUGCCAGGGACUGUCCCCAGUCCUUUCGGUGCCUUCAUCCCUGUGGGCAGGUUGGGGGGGUGAAGAAGAAAGCAGCAAGAGGCAACGGCAAGGUCCAGCCUCUCUCCCUAUCCCACCCCGAGCCCUCUCUGAAGAAUUCAGGACCUGGUACCAACAAGCACCUGCAAAAGAAAGAGACGUGUGCCCAAGGGCAAAAGAAUCUUCUUCCUUGUGGCCCGUUGGGUGGCGAAUCCCAGCAGCAGCAUCCCCCAAGAAGAUGGUGGCAACCUCUCUCCUUUGGCACAAGGUCUCCUUUGCCUCCCCCACCUCCACAAAUGCGUACAUACACACUGCUGCACUGAGCAAACCUGUCAAUUUUGGUGCAAUUAAAAUUGACACUUGAAUUGUACUAGAGGUCUUCUGAUGAGAUAACAGUGAGUGAGGCAGCGAGGCAAACAGUUGAGCAAUGAUCCCUCCCUCUCUUCCUCAAAUGCAAGUGGCCCACCUGCAAGCACAAUCUGCCACCCUUUCCUUUUUCGCCCUUCUGGCCCCUGCAUCAUCUGCUUCUCUAAAUUUGUCCCCAGGGAGACAGGUGAUAUUCAUAGCUAUGCAUCACAGAGCAAGAAGGAUUGGGGGUUUGCUUCACGAAGUCAUAAGCGACUUUGAUGAGGUCUUCUACCUCAGGCUUAAGAGAGCAGUGAAGAAUUUGGUAAUUGGUUGGGGGAGGGCUCGUAUGAAAUUUCCUUUCCCAAAUGUCUAUUUCGGAUGAAGUUUUUGUGACUUAGGAUCUAUGUGCUUUAGCCCCACUUAACUCAUUUGAAGUUAAUCUCCAAGAGAUCAGUGGAUGUUUGGGGGAAGAAAGCAGAACAAGCUUUUCUGGGGUCCUGAAUGAAAACAAAUGCUUCCUCCAACCCCUUGGGCGUGCCCCAUUGCUUGAGGGUUUUCAACCUGUCCAGAUCCUGAGAAAGAUCCUUUCUUGGUCCACAGCUCCCAGAAUCCCUCUGCCUUUGGCAGGGAGAAGGCCAGUGGCCGUGCUGGCUGGGGGCAUCUAGGAUUUGUUGUUCAACAAGGAAUCUUUUCAAGCUCCACAGUCAAUUUAAUAAGGAUUUUUAGUGUUUUGAAUGUGCGCCCAUGUGAAAUCUGAAUUGAUGUUUCUAAAACCUAAUAAUUCUGAUUCUCCCUGCCUCUUAAUUUUCAUACUCACUAGGAUAUAAUCUUCACUUCAUCCCAUUCUCUUCCCACUGGGUUCAACCUCCCCACCUAUUUUUUUUUCUGUUUUUGUGUGUGUGUGCGUGUUGGAGGGGGAAAUCUCUUAAAGGUACACAAAUCAUGCACAAGUGGCAUUGUGUGGGUGCAGAUGGCCUGGGGGAAGCACAGUAGUCUGUCAUUGCAUCUUUCCUCCUGUGAUUGAUAGAUCUUAGAAGCACAUCCAGAGAAGAGAAAAGGCUAUUUCUCCAAAUAGUAUAGAUGCAAGUUGGUCUUGGACAUGACUCUUUGCUCCAAUCAUGCACCUGCAAUUUGGAAAAGUCCAGCAAUUUCUCACAUGGAUGGCAGUGAGUUAUGGACUUUAUAUUUCUGCUGCACCAUUGUCCAUUAACUAGCUUGCCACACACUUCCAGUAUUGCUGUUGAGACACGCAAGCUGCACUUUUAACAGAAAGGUUUUGGUGUCUGAUAUUUGGCCUGCUCACUCAUUGUUCUUAUGAUAGCAAGUACCUUGUCUCUGUAAACAUAUCCUAAGCACGGGAUCCAAAAACAGAUUGUUUCCCUUUAAGUGGUAUCUGAAACAGGAGGGCUUUCACUUUUGAGGAACUGUGUUCCAGAAAAUGGCAGAAUUCCUUGUAGCUGUCUGCAGUAUAUCCUGGAAAUGUAACUUAGUAAUUUUCCAUUGUCUCUCCUUCUCCUGUGAUUGCUAGAGCUACUUAGGGUGUGUGAGUGUUGUUUUUUGAUUUCUUGAAAAAAUCACACUCUGCAGCCUCCUCCUAACAGAUCUUAGCCCCAUUUCAAUUUUUCAUGCAAAAUUGUCCUUGUCUGAGGCACUUGAACAUGCAGCCUUCCUUCUCUACAUCAUUUCCUCUGAAGAGAUCCCUUGAAGGCCAAAGAGUUUUCAUUCUCCCAUCCUUACUGUUUGUUUCCCACCAGAGCUGAAGAGAUUUCUCCACCAAUGCUCCUUGAAUUAGGGCUUUUUCCUCUUUCUGACCUACCAGCCCAACAAGCUAUUGGUAUUUUUGGACUUUCUAUAGCUCCAUUUACGGUGUUUUAUUAAAAACAUGUGGAAUCAC